CUGUCUCAGUUCCGCUUUCCGCACAUACUCGUGGCUCUGUAUAGUAUACUCUUUCUCUCUUUCUCCUUCAACUCAACGCUUGCACUCGAAAGAGUAUAGUAGUAGUCGGCGAGUGUAUUGUCGCCGCGCCGCUAUAUACACCGUCUAAUCCGUCGGCUCAGCUCUUCUUUUCGGAUAUCGCGCGUGUAUAAUAUACCCACACACCUAAGUGUAUAGCGACGUUAGGCUGAUUCAUUCGGAAGUCGAGCGAGAGAGAGCAGUGUCGCCGCUCCGAAAGAGAGAGAUGCUACUCAGUCGUUCGGAAAAAGUGCCACCGCCGCCAACAAGGUCGCCCGCCGACGACACACAUUAGCGCGCCGAGCGGCACACGCAUACACGCGCCAAAAACGCAUCUGCGGACGACGAUAUAGCACACGGAGGUUAGGUUCUCGGCUUGCUUCCUCUUCCUCGCGGACUCCGGAGUCUGGCUCGUUGGCUUGCUCCGGUUUUUUUCUCGAGAGAGUGAAGAGCGUUGUUGAUUGACCCGCGAAUCGGGGAGUCGACGUGUGUGUGUGUGUGUGUGACGACGCGCUCGAGUUUCGUUGCGGACCGAUAAUGGCCAAGAGCGUAUAUAGGAUAUAGCGUUGCUGCGCUUCGUUACCGUUAUCGCAGCCGAGGGAAUGUUCGACGGAGCAGAGCUAUAAAAAGUAUGGAAGCCAUGGAUCUGGAUGGCGAUGCUGUUGUUGACUUAAGCGUUGGAAGCAGUAACAGGAGAGAGUCCCCGACUGUACCUGCAAAUUCAGUGAAUGACGCAGGGCCUCCAUUAGACUUGGGUGUUAAUUACUCCACAACUAGUCCAAGCGUAGACAAUAACAUGCCUGAACCAAGGAACAUUCAAAAUUCCUCCAGGGGAAUUCUGGCUCCAAAGUCUGGAGAUGAGCGUAGGCCCAGACGUAACCUCAGGCCCAGAACAGAGAGGAGUUACGCAGAGAGUCCUGAUGAACCAAGAAUGAAUGGUUAUUUAAAUGGAAACGCAUCUGAUAGUGAUGAAGCUGAAAUGCCACCUCUGCUACCCAUUAAAGAGUUGUCUUCCGAUGAAUUAGCUGAGCGCGAAAGAACAUUGAGGAAGCUCAAAGAGGAAUUGCGAUCUGAAGAAAUGAAAUUAGUCCUUCUGAAAAAGUUGAAACAAUCUCAACAAUUGAAGGAAAAUAUAGCAGCAGUGCCAAAAGUUCCAUGUAGAAUUCCUCCUCCGGUCAUUUGCCAACCAGCAACAUCUCAUAGUCAUAGAACUGGAAAAGCACCACCACCUUUGCUAAGAGGGCAGCCUGCUCCAAGCAGAAAUAGCAGUCUUCAUGCACCACCUCCUGGAAUGUUAAUGGCCCCGACAACAGGGCGCAAUGCGAUUUCCAGUACUGGUAUGCCACCCAACAUGGUGAUACCACAGCCACCUCAUCCGCGAGUUAGAUCAAGCGGCAAUCCAAGUGUUUCCAGUUAUCAUCCUCCAGCGGAUAGGACUGAAAGGUCCACAAAAGACCCGACACCAAGUCCGGCGCAUCAGGUACAAUCAAAAGAUCGAUCAUCUCGGGAUGAUAGUCAAACUCCAGCACAACGCCAAGCUGCUGCUAAGCAGGCUCUUAGAAAGCAAUUAGAAAAGACGCUUUUGCAAAUACCACCUCCGAAACCUCCACCACCGGAAAUGCACUUUGUACCAAGCCCUUCGAAUCCGGAAUUUAUCUACUUGGUAGGACUAGAACACGUGGUAGAUUUCAUUACCAAGGAACCGGCUAUCCCACCUCCCCCAGAGCCGUUUGAGUGCACACAGUGUAAGACUGACUUUACGCCAGUUUGGAAAUGGGAAAAACCAGCUAACAGCAAUAAGAAGGAUGGCCCGCAAGGCCAGCACGCGACCUUCCAACGGCCAGCAGCUGGUCGGGAUCCCAGAGUGAUUUGCGAGCACUGCGUUACAACCAACGUCAAGAAGGCACUCAAGGCAGAACACACCAACCGAUUAAAGACCGCCUUUGUCAAAGCUCUGAAGCAAGAAAAGGAAAUAGAUGAAAGAUUAGCACAAACGGCGUGUCCGAGCCCGGACCCACCCGCGCCAAAGUCUGUACCCAAGACAUCUACUCCCAACAGAAGAGUGACGACACCGCCAGCUCCAUCGCCACAAGUACAAGUACCCCCGCCGGCUCCUACGCCGCCAACUCCAAAUAGGCAAGAUCACCCUCUUGUCAAGUUGGCGGCCGAGAGCAACAAAUUCCAGCAUCCAGCAGCAGCAGCUGCUGCUGCUGCUGCCCUUCAGCAACAAUUACUUCGAGAGUUGACCAAGAAUCCUGUACCAGGAUUGUCACCACAUCAACCGCUACCGGCGCAUAUGAUGCCGGCCUUCAACCCACUCCUGUACCCUUAUCAGUUGGCGAUGGCGCAGGCUGCCGGUGGCAAGGGUCUCGCCGAACUGCAACGCCAGGCAGCUGAUAUUCAUCGUCAGUAUUUGCUCGAUAUGAUACCUUCACAAGCGUCCCAGGGUCAGGGUAAUCAAGCUCCACCUCGAGCUCAUCCACACAACUGGAAGACGUAACCAGGCGUCUACUAGUCUCGACUUGAAACGUUUAAUGACGUUAAACGCCAACAUUCAUCCGUUGACUGGUGGCGGUCGCAGCGCAAGUAGCGAACCUAGUUUGCAACGAUGGACGAGACGCGAGGGAGGACGCUCUAGUUGAAGAUUUUUGGAUAGACUGCUAGGAACGCGUCAUCUAAACGAGGAAACAAGAAGGUGAAAAUAGCCUAGCGAUUCUUUCGUGUCCGGCGUCGACGAAAGUGUGCUUCUUUUUCAAAUGAAAGAAUGAACAUUUCUUCGAGAUUGACAAGUAAAAUUUAGUGUACUUUUAGUUUAAAUGGGAAGGCACGUUGUUGAAAAAACUUUGGUUAACUCGUCAUUUUACUACAACAUUUUUGUGUAAAAAAUAUCAAGUAAAAGUCGAGAAAGUGUUUGGCUUCGCUUUUUCAAACGAGGCAAGUGAAAGCAAGUGCAUAAUGCGUGAUAUCAUGAGUGUAUUUAAAUAUCUCAUUAAUAAUAACACCACAGUAAAACGUUUGUAUGUUAGGGAAGUAGUAGAUGUAACAUAAUGAUGGUCGAUUGAACGAUUAAUGUCAAUCAGUUUGAACAAUAAUAUAAUAAUGACAUAAAUCUGGCUUAUCUUGUCAGUAAAUGAUUGAGUUUCUCGAAACAUCUCAUCUAAGCUAUUCGUAAUUAUGAAUAAGUCGAUUUUUGUUGUUGAUGCUAACUUAAGUGUCUGAGAGCGGUACCUGUACUCCAUGAAUAUCGUAUAACUUUAAAUUCUGACAAUUUGCCGAAUAAAAAUACGAACGAAUGGAAGACGGUUGUAACUAAUAGAUGAAUUAUGUUUAUUCAAACGGGAGCAAGUGUCAUUGCGUGACGUUACAACACAAUGUUUGUGUAUUUGUAUGAAAUGUUUUCUGCGUUUAGCAAAGCACGAUUGCAUGACGUAUUUUUUUAGUGACACAAAAAUAUUGCGCGCACGAAGUCUAUAUUCAAGCAUCACAAAAGUGCAAACUCCGACUAAAGAAAGUGCUUUCACUUCAAGGACAGUGCUAAAGCAUUAGCUAUAACGUGGCAAUUUAUAAGUCAAAUUAUAGCGAUAUGUUAAUCGUACGCGUAAUGCAAAGACGUGGUACGGAUUUUCUUUGUAUUUUCAUAAUUGCGGUUGACUGACGAAUAGCCUUUGAUGCUAAAAGCAGUUCCGCAAAAUUUUUAGACGUUACUCGAUUUUUCUAUUUUCUAGUUUGUUGUGUUUAUACUCUGGUCAAGCAAUUUAUUCAUAAAAAUGAAAUUCAUCAUGAAAAAAAAGAUGUUCUCGACUGGCUGUGUCUGACCGCAUUUCCUCGCCCUUCGCCAUUCGUGUCUCACAUAUUAAAUAAUAAAAAGCAACUAUAGUCUUGACAUUUUUUCGAUAUACAUAUAAUGCAAGUAAAUAAACUCUUAACGUAAAAAUAGCAUAACUGUUUCUCUUUGUACUAAGCAAUAGCUAUUUGAACUUUAAACUGAAUUCGAAUACAAAUAAUAAGGCACGUAAAAAUGAUAAAUAACAAAGGUACUUUGCAAUCACGUAAUAUUUAAACAAGAAUCUCUGUGUUUUGUACCAUAGUAUUGAAUGUAUUGGAAAAGAAGCGCGAAUAGCAAGCGUGGAGGUAAAAGUGUAAAAUGUAUGAGUCAAUCUAUGAGAACUCCAGGGAAAUCCAACAAAGUUUUAUUAUAAAUAUAGACAAAAUUAGUGUAUAAAGUUUAUAUAUAUAUUCGGAUAUUAUUAUAUAAA